ACUGAACUGAAAAAGCUGUACUGCCAGAUCGCCAAGACAUGUCCCAUCCAGAUCAAAGUGAUGACCCCGCCGCCUCAGGGAGCAGUCAUCAGGGCUAUGCCAGUCUACAAGAAAGCUGAACAUGUCACCGAAGUGGUCAAACGCUGCCCAAACCACGAGCUGAGCCGGGAGUUCAACGAAGGGCAGAUUGCACCUCCCAGCCACCUGAUCAGGGUGGAAGGGAACAGCCAUGCCCAGUAUGUAGAAGAUCCCAUCACCGGGAGACAGAGCGUGUUGGUCCCCUACGAGCCACCACAGGUUGGUACAGAGUUCACAACAGUCUUGUACAACUUCAUGUGUAACAGUAGCUGUGUGGGAGGCAUGAACCGUCGCCCGAUUCUCAUCAUUGUGACACUGGAAACCAGAGAUGGGCAAGUCUUGGGCCGCCGAUGUUUCGAAGCCCGCAUUUGCGCUUGCCCAGGCAGAGAUCGCAAAGCAGACGAGGACAGCAUCCGCAAGCAGCAAGUCUCCGACAGCACAAAGAAUGGUGAUGGUACGAAGCGCCCUUUUCGACAAGGAACUCACGGCAUACAGAUGACAUCUAUCAAAAAAAGACGUUCCCCAGAUGAUGAGCUCUUAUACUUGCCGGUGAGGGGACGGGAGACGUAUGAAAUGCUGCUAAAGAUCAAAGAGUCCCUGGAACUAAUGCAGUACCUUCCCCAGCACACGAUUGAGACCUACCGGCAGCAACAACAGCAGCAGCACCAGCACUUGCUCCAGAAGCAGACCUCCAUGCAGUCACAGUCAUCUUAUGGCUCCAACUCUCCACCGCUCAGCAAAAUGAACAGCAUGAACAAGCUGCCCUCGGUCAGCCAGCUAAUUAACCCCCAGCAGCGCAAUGCCCUGACCCCAACUACCAUCCCUGAUGGCAUGGGAACCAACAUUCCCAUGAUGGGCACCCACAUGGCCAUGACCGGUGACAUGAAUGGCCUCAGCCCCACACAGGCACUGCCUCCUCCCCUCUCCAUGCCUUCAACGUCCCACUGCACCCCCCCUCCUCCGUACCCCACAGACUGCAGCAUCGUCAGCUUCUUAGCGAGGUUGGGCUGCUCAUCCUGUGUGGAUUAUUUCACGACCCAGGGGCUGACCACCAUCUAUCAGAUUGAGCAUUACUCCAUGGAUGAUCUGGUGAGCCUCAAGAUCCCGGAGCAGUUCCGCCAUGCCAUCUGGAAGGGCAUCCUGGACCACCGGCAGCUCCAUGACUUCUCCUCCCCUCCCCACCUCCUGCGCACCCCCAGUGGCGCCUCCACCGUCAGCGUGGGCUCCAGCGAAACCCGGGGGGAGCGAGUCAUUGACGCAGUCCGCUUCACGCUCCGGCAGACCAUCUCCUUCCCACCCCGUGAUGAGUGGAAUGACUUCAACUUCGACAUGGAUGCCAGGCGCAACAAACAGCAACGCAUCAAGGAGGAAGGGGAGUGAGCCCUGCGGACCCUGCUCCACCCCGCCUCGGCCACAAACUGCUCAGCCCUUCAUUUGUCUUCCUUCUGCUUGGUACUGCGCCCCUGGACGAAGGGCAGAGGGAGCUUUCUCGCUCACUCGUGCUGGUUAUGCUCUUGAAGCUGUCUAGGUUAUGCUCCUGGACCGCGACCUCCACCCCGGCUCUUACAAGGGGAAGAACUGAGCGAAGGGGGAAGGCGGGUGGUAUUUCCUUGAAAGCCGUUGACCUUCUCGAGAAGGUGGUGUUCUAGUUUCAUGUUUUCCUUUGGGGAGAGGGCUUCUUUUCUUGACUUUUGAAUCCUCACACACCUUGUGGGCAUCCUGACCUGCAAGCUUGUCUCUCUCAUCCAGCAAUCCCGCUCUGAAAAGCAGGAAGGUUAAAACAAAUUUUAAAAAAGCC